CAAUCAAUUGUUCCAAAUCAAUUAUUAAAGGAUACUUGUUUGAUAUUUACACCAUUAAUUAGAGCAAUAAUAGACGAACUAUAUUAAAAUGAAUGCAGCAGAAGUCACGAAGCUUAUGUCAGAACUUAAAGUUGCUGUUAAACCACGCCAUCGUAGAUUAAAAAAUCCUGGUGGAUCAGAAGGCAGAUUAAUAAAUUUAAGCAAAACUGUUACUGCUCUUCUGAAAUAUGAACGAAUUGAGGUUCACUACAGUCGUGGAGAUGAAGCUCGUGGAUAUGCUGAAAGAUUAAUUUCGGAUGCGAUCAGAUAUGGUGACCAACAUAAGCCAACGAUGGAAAUGGCAGACUUUUGGUUGCGUGAUAAAUCUGUCAUUCAUAAACUAUUCAAAGUUUUAUGUCCACGUUUUGAGAAUUACAAAGGUUCAGCAACACGAAUGUUCAUGGCUCCGAGAUCAUACAACUUGGACAACAAAGAUGUCCUUAAGAAGUAUAAACUCUUAUCAGUUUUGGAAUUAAAUGGAAAUCCAUAUCCACCUGUACUUCCUGACCGAUCUCAAAAGAACAGACGUCUUAUCCAUAAUGUUUUGUUGAACGAAGCAAGGAAAGAAUUUUAUCUUCAAAAACAAAAAUCAGAAUCAGACAAAGAUGUGAACGAAGAAAUUGUCACAAAACAUCCUGUUGAAAAUAUCAAUGAAACAGAAACGAAAUAG